CUGUCAGAAUGGUACAGCAGCUUGGUCCAAAUGCUCUACUUGCAAAAUUUGAUGUGAAAUCGGCUUUCAGGAUUAUGCCGGUACACCCUCAGGACUUUGAGUUGCUAGGCUUGUGCUUUCAAGGUAAAUACUACUUUGAUAAAUGCUUGCCGUUUGGCUGUUCCAUAUCAUGCUCAGUGUUUGAAAAAUUCAGCACCUUUUUGCAAUGGUGUGUCCAGCAAAAGUUGCCUAACCACCAACUCAUGCAUUACCUUGAUAAUUUUCUCACAGGCGGAAGACUGUGGUGACAACCUUGAUACAUGUCUCGGUACUUUCCAGGAGCUGGGCGUACCCGUAGCACAUGAGAAGACAGUAGGUCCUGCAUCCUGCUUAACAUUCCUAGGUCUUGAAAUCGACACAGUCAGGAUGCAGGUUAGAAUACCACAGGAAAAGAUUGUAAAUAUCAACGCAAUCAUACACGAUAUGCUGGCCUCAGGUAAGUACAAAGUGACCCGUAAAGCUUUGCAGUCUCUGGUGGGUAAGCUAAAUUUCAUGUGCCGGGCAAUACCCAUGGGUAGACCGUUUUGCCGCAGACUGAUUGAUGCCUAUACAAAGGUAUGUCAUCAAGCACACCGUGUUCGCAUCACGCGGGGAGUUCGGGAGGACCUAGAGGUUUGGCUCGGGGUCUUGGGGGAAUUUAACGGCGUUUCGGUUUUUCAGAAUCAAAAGUGGGCUGACAAUACAUGUCUGCAGCUGUUUACUGACGCAGCCAGCACUAUGGGGUUCGGCGCAUACUAUAACGGGAACUGGGCAAACGGGCUCUGGCCCCGUGAGUGGGUGGAGGACGGCUCGACUCGUGACUUGACACUGCUGGAGUUGUUUCCGAUUGUGCUGUCAGUUUGUCUGUGGGGGACAGCCUUUGCUAACAGGAAAGUACUUUUCUUUUGUGAUAACAAAGCUGUAGUGUCAAUAAUAAAUAAACAGUCUUCAAAGGCACCCAGAAUCAUGUCACUGAUUAGGCAGCUAGUGCUGCAGUGCCCCAAACACAACAUUUUGUUCAACGCCAGAUAUAUAACAACACACGACAAUAUUAUCGCAGAUGCACUGUCGAGAUUUCAGUGGGAGCGAUUCCGCAAUGCAGCUCCAUCAGCCAACCUGCAUCCCACACCACUUCCAGACAAUCUCUGGCAGGGCUAACAAUCGAGGCAGAGAGGCUCCUUCAGCGAUCAUUGGCGGCAAACACGUGGGCAACUUACCAGGCAGGAACCCAAGCGUUGCAAGCAUUCAAGGCGUCACAAAACCUGGGAGAUGUCUGGCCGGUUCCAAUCACUCAUCUGGUACAUUUGUCAGUGUCAGUGUCAGGACAUGCACCGAGUACGGUAGGGACGUAUAUGGCCUGUAUCUCAACGUACCAUAGGCUACACAGCAUGGAAGACCGCACUGGCCACUUUGUUAAUACUAAAAUGAUUACCGGGAUGCAAAAGUGUCAGGGGAGGCAGGAUCACAGAAAACCAAUAACAAUAGACCUGCUCAAAGUAAUUGUAAACAACCUGCAAUUUGUCUGCUCUUCUACCUAUGAAAUAAGAUUGUUCAAAGCAGUAUAUUGCUUGGCCUUCUUAGGUUUCUGUCGGGUGAGUGAACUCGUGCAAACCAAACUUUCUCAGCCAGGGUGCUCUUUCUUAGACCUAGAAGUCCAAGACACUACAAAGACCGUAACAGUCGCUCUAAGGCAUUCAAAAACGGACAGGAGGUCACAUGGUAUAGUUGUUUCCAUUUCCGCCAUACCUGGCCACAAUCUGUGUCCAGUGGCUGCAGUUAAAGCAUACCCAACAGUUCGAUCACAGGGUCAGACUCAAGUAUGGUACACUUUGAUAAAUCUCCCCUGACAAGGUAUCAAUUUCAGGCCGUGCUAAAAAGAGCACUGGCGCAUAGCGGCAUCUGCACAGCAGCAUAUUCUUCGCAUUCCUUCAGGAUUGGCGCAGCAACGACAGCAGCCGGUAACGGAGUGAGUUCAGAUUUGAUACAGCACUUUGGUAGGUGGGGGUCAGAAUGUUAUAAAAGCUAUAUACGCAUACCUGCAAACAUUUAAAUCGCCAACCAUGCAAGAACAGUUUUCUUCCUAUUGAUUCAUGUUUUCAGUAUGGUUGGUUGGGUCCAGCUUCCUGACCCGGGCGAGAGAGCACCUACAGGACAGUGACUUCGGUAUUCCAGGGGGAUGUCUCUGGUUGGCAAGGGGCGGCAUGCGGUUAGAGGAGCUGACCAAGCUGAUAGAUGCCCAGGGCAAAGCAAUGCAGACACCACCAAAGGCGGUGGUGAUUCACCUUGGUUCGAACGACCUUGGUAAGGUAACCACGUGUCAGCUAUAUCAUGAGAUCAAGCUGGCACUCCUGAGGAUACACCUCCUCCUACCUGGUGCUGUCAUUCUGUUGUCAGACAUGCUGCCACGGAGGUACUGGCAUGUAGCCAGCCGUGCCCGGGACCUGGACGGGGCCAGGCAGAAGCUGAACAGACGAGUGGGGAACAGGGCCCGUGAGCUUGUGGGGAUACGGGUUCCGAACACAGUGUUCAACCGGCAGGAGCAGCAACUGUACCUGCGUGACAGGGUUCAUUUGUCACCAGCCGGACUUGAUCUAUUCACACAAAACAUUGGCAGCUCCCUUUCGCAGUAUGCUUGUAGGAAACAUUUUCAGUAUAGGAUAACACGUGUUGGCGCCAUGGCUCCAUACAAGAAGGUAUUCGUAAUGAUGUUAUUGAUAACACCGUUUGUAGCUCUUGUUACGUACAUGAGCAGCUCCAACAUCAUGACCUCUGACAUUCUCGGCAAUAUAUCAAGACACAUUUUCCAAGAGUAUCCUCCAUCAAGUAUUAUAUCGGUUUAUCCUAUACCUAAAAACAUCACACCAUUCGAUCAACAUUCGAGUAUCCUAUCGCAUUUAUUGACAGGGCACUGGAAAACACAUACUUUGACAAAAAAGGAAGAUGAAGAUAUAUUGAAUUUUCUUUCUGACGUAAAUGUCCGAUAUACCUUACCUAAGAAUUAUCAAAGGAUUGAUGGUCUCUGUGGAAAUGUUACCCACACAGGAUCUAAAACUGCUGAGUGGAUAAGAGCCUUGUGUGAUCCUAAAGGAACAACCCCGUGCUGCUUCAACAAUAAAUGUGCUAAGAAGUCUGUUGAGGAAUGUGUGUGUCCUGAUUGCUAUGACAUGCGGAACCAGAAACAUGCUGAAUAUUCCACCUGGACCCCUUCAGACCCAAGACAUGGCUACAAGGAACACAGCCCCCAUGAAGCUUGCAGCAUCCUUAGCGGAAGCAUGAUUCUGUUUGUUGGGGAUUCUCUUGUUCGCUAUGUAUAUACAGCUAUGGUACUGCUUGUUACAGGGAAUAUGAAAGAUGGAGCCAUGAAUCAAAAUGUACCACAGAAUGUUACGAACUUGUGUAGCGGAAUGUAUAUGUUCACAGAAAAAUUGUGUCGACUGCAUCUGAGGUAUCAGCUUCGUGCUUGCAACGGUACAGUUAACCUGGAACUGAAGUACUUCUUCUCUGCAACAUAUGGCCCACAAUUGAAACAAAGUGUUGCAAAUUUAAAUAACAAGUCAUUACUUUUUGUAGGUAUAGGUCCACACGAUCAUUUUAUCCAUAAUGAAGUUCAAAAGAAGUUUUUGUUACCAACACUUUCCUAUAUACGCAACAAUACGAGACCUUGGCCAAAAGUACUGUGGGCAGCGAGUCAUGCUCCGGGUGCGUUGAAGUCCCCGAAAGUGUUGGCCCAGUCGUACGACAGUGUAAAACGAUACAAUGGCAACAUGGAGAGUUUCCUUAGAUCUUGGAAAGUUCCUAUUUUCGAUACCUUUAACAUGACGGAUGGAAUGACGAGUUUUGAUGGUCUGCAUUAUGGACUUGGGAUAAAUGUUGUGAAAGCGAAUGUAAUAUUGAGUUACCUAAAUGAAUUGAAAAAUAAAGGAUUGUGGCGAAACCUGUUGUAG